CGCAGAUCGACAGCUGAGUCCGGGAGUGGAACAUCCACACUCUCCCCUAGUAUCUCACCCCAACUCCCCUUAACAACACAACACAGCCCAGCCCUCCGCUUACUCUCAGCGGUAAACGAACUGCUUCUGGACGGGUUUGGGGGAAAUCUGUGUGCAGGGGUUUUAGACCACCUUGUGUUCCCCUGCAGUAGGGGAGGUCUGAUCUGGUCCACAAGCAGGCAGGACUCUCAACAACUUUCCUCUCCUCUGAUCCCCGAGGAAUGUUCGGGGUGAAAAGACGCAUGUUUGAAUGAACACAAUGGACAGCAACAAGGAUAUAGAGGUUGACAUGGAAGGAAACGGGUUUCCACCUGCGACAUCGCCUGAAGUGAGCCUCGUUCGCCCCGAUCCCGAGGGUGAGAGCUGCCCCGCCCGGUCCGAGUCCCCGUCCCGGAGGAGAGGGCCGUCCUCCAAGGUGGAGGCGCUCCGGCGCUCGGGGGCGCCCACCCCCAAGGCUGACCUCACCUCCCCCGCCUCCCCCGUCCCCCGGUCCAAGAGAGAUUUAGUAAAGUCCGAUGACAGGCAGUCGCUUGCCAGAGCGCGCCGAGAGGAGAAGGCCAAAUAUCUGGAAGAGCUGGGCCAGAUACAAGCGGUGAAGCAGAGCCACUGGCAGGAGAAGGAGGAGCGAGCCCGCCAGCUGAGGGACCAGCAGCUGGAGGAGAGGCGGAGGCGCCUGGAGGAGCAGCGGCUCCUGGCAGAGAAGAGGCGCUGUGCCCUGGAGGAGAGGCAGCAGCUGAAGCUGGAGAAGAACAAGGAGCGCUACGAGGCAGCCGUCCAGCGCUCGGUGAAGAAGAGCUGGGCUGAGAUCCGGCAGCAGAGGUGGUCGUGGGCCGGAGGACUGGGCCAGAACCCCGGCCACAAGGACAGCGGGUGCUCGGUGUCGACCGUCAACCUGACCAAUCACGCGGACUCUGUCCUCACCAAGCGUCUGUCCAAGAGCUCCGCCACCCUCUGGACCUCCCCCAACAGAAACCGUAGUCUGGCGCUGAGUCCCUGGGAGAGCAGCGUGGUGGACCGGCUGAUGACCCCCACCCUGGCCUUCCUGGCCCGCAGUCGCAGUGCCGCCAGCGUCCUGGCCAAUGGGAAGGACUCGCAAUCCCCUCUGUGCCCGCGCUCGGCGUCGGCCAGCCCGCUAGCGCCCUGCUUCCACCGACAGCUCCACCGGUGCUCCCAGCGCUGGGGCGUGACGGCCAGCUCACCGGACAUCGCCGCGCGGAGACACAGCUCCACGCCGAUGGACAAAAACAAGAAGGAGAAGAGAGACAAGGAGCGAGAGAACGAGAAGGAGAAGAGAGACAAGGAGCGAGAGAACGAGAAAGAGAAGAGCUCUCUGGCCAGAGAGAAGGUGGUGAAGAAGAGACAAUCUAUGCCCAGCAUGCGGAUCAGACCAGACCCCAGCCCCAGUCCGUUGUCGCGACAACGCCCAGACUCCCCUGCCGGUACCCCCAAGGGCAGACCCUCCUCCCCCGCGUCCGCCAGGACCUCCUCCCCCCGGCCCUCCUCCCCCAGGGCCAGCCCCUCCACCCCCAAGCACCGCCCCCGACGGGCCAUGACCCCCGUGCGCAUCGAGCACCGCGCCUCCUCCCCCUCCCCAGCGCCCCUGGGGCGGACCCGGGACCGACGGCCCAACACCCCCGAACCCAGGAGGGGCUCCCCCGUCGUUCCCACCCUUACGGUUAGCCACGCCCCCACGGCCCAAUCUAGUGCUCCCAUCCCCAGCCCGGCCGCCCUGCACAGCCAAUCAGCCGCGAGGUCGCCCGGGGGCGACGCGGCGACGUCACCGGCCGGUAGGUCGACCGGGGGGACCACGGACCGCGAGGAGGCGGGGCGUCUGCUGACGGAGCGACGGCGUCAGGCCCGGGAGCGGAGGGAGAGGGAGGAGGAGGAGCGCCGGGAGCAGGCGGAGAGUGACAGGGUGCUGAAUGAGGAGAGACUCGUCAGGGAGGAGGAGGAGAGGAGGAGGCGUGAGGAGGAGGCCAGGGUAGAGGCCGAGGAGCAGGGAAGGAGGGAGGAGACGCAGCGGCUGCAGGAUGAGCAGGAGGCCCAGGAGAGAGCGAAGGUGGAGCAGGAGGAGCAGGAGCUCCUUCUUAGACAGAAGGAGGAGGUGGAGGCAAAGGCUAGGGAUGAGGCGGAGAAGCAGCGCCUGGAGCGGGAGAAACACUUCCAGAAGGAGGAGCAGGAAAGACUGGAGCGGAAGAAGCGUCUGGAGGAGAUCAUGAAGAGAACACGCAAGACUGACCCGAAGGAGAGCAAGCCCUUAAUGAAGCCAGACGACCAGAUGAAACCAGUGGACAGCAACAAAGCGUGCGCAGACUAUCAGCCCCGAUCUGAGAUUCUUCCGACCAAUCACAAGACAGAGAAUGGCCAGAAUGGGCGGGACAGCGGGCCGGGUGGCGACAUGGUGAACGGCCUGACAAACCUUCAGGAGAACGGUCUGUCCGCGAAGGAGGCUCCGCCCCUCUUUGAAGAGAUCAUCCAACUGACCAAUCACGGCAAUAGCACCAACGGAGGGCGGGACAAGCCUCAGAGUGAUGCACUCGCAGAGCCAAUCCUGGCCUUCGAGAGCGAGGAGCCGUUCAUGAAGAAAGCUAGUCCGAUGAAGCCCCAACAUGUGGCAGAGGUGCUGUGAGAGUUUUCCGGGCCCUCAAGACACCCCGAAGCCUUCCAUACGGGGAGACUCGUCGCAGGGGCAUCCGGGGGCCCAGGCGGCAACACGAGACUCUCUGGCGGUCCUCGGACUGCGAGAGGAGACGCACGCCCUAAAGAACACAAGCUGCACCGCCGCCUCGCCCUGCUGCUGUACAAAACGCACCGUUUGCUCCGAUGCUAGCGCUAAAGCUAGCGAUAGCUGAGGCGCCGUCUUUAACCCUCUACUGUGCAGACCAAACUCUUCAUCCGCCGCUGCAAGCAGACAUGUCACAACACACUGGAGAUAGGCGGGAUUGUGUUUUUACGCUUUUAGUUAUUUAACUCUCGAGAAAAGUUUAACAGUGGGGGGUGCGUUUGUUUUGUGAAUAAUUUAAAUGAUGUAAAAUAUGUGUUCGAAGGAGGAGUCUGUGGUGUGCGUUAUGGUGUUUACUUUAACCUGAGGGCCAUCUUGUUAUGGCGUGUACGCUACUUUAGGCACUCGUAAUUCUCCACGGAUACAUCCUCAUCUGUACACGACUUAGCUUCGUAAUCAGGGGCCUCAAAACGGGUCCGAAGAUACAUACUGUAUGUAAAUAUAUAUUUUCACAUUCAAGAUGCUCCAAUCGUGAUGGAUUGUACGUGGGAGCGGACGGCUGCAGACGCCAGGGUUUCGGAGGCCCGGGAACAGCGUGUGGGUUUGGGAGAUGCAAAAAAGGACAAGUUCAGCCUCAUUGUAGACGACCCUCACACUGUCAUCGUUAUCAGGACUAAACAAACAGCAUGUAUAUGUUCCUGUCACUGGCUUCCACGACCUCCUGCUGUAUGUACCCUCAAUUCAAGUGUGCGUCCAUGCUGUGUGAACAUUAAAUGCAGGUGCGUGUGAUCUGUGGAUAAAUUGUAUUUUACUGUGCGUCAAAGGGACAGAAGGAACUGCUUGGUCUCAUUAAAGACUCAACGUUCCUGCUACAUAUUGUUUGCUGUUGUUGAUCUGUUUAGAAGGGCAAG